UCUGUCAACACAGGUUGCCUGUUCUCCUCCGCUGCCUGCUGUCCAUCUUCUGGCCUUCCAAUCCUUUCCAGUCUCUUUACAAGGUGCGUUCGUCGCGUUAGCCAAAUCAGAUCAUCAACAUGCGUCUCAUCCAGGUCCUCGCUCUCGCUCCGGCGCUCGCUGUCGCACAGGAACAGGUUCCCCUUGCGGAUCGGUUCCAGGGCUGGCUAGACAGGGCCAAGGCUUACCUGCCAACUGCUACCCCGGUUGUGCCUGCCGCUGUCGAGAAAGUCCAGAAAGUGGUCGAACAGAAGAAGAUCCAGGAGAAGACCGUCACUCACUUGAAUAUGACCAACUGGGAGUCGAUGCUGGAGCCUGCAUCUGAUACCCAGGACUGGUUCGUCUUCGUCACUGGAGGCAACAAGACAUGCUUCGGCCGCUGUGCUCAAGCGGACAAGUCGUUCAAUGAAUCUGUGCUUCUGUUCUCCGCCGAUCCCACCUCUCCCAACCUUGCUCGCCUGGACUGUGAGGCGAACCAGGUUCUCUGUGCUGCUUGGUCCGCGAGUGCUCCCUCGGUCUGGCACUUCGAGGUUCCUCAGGCCCAGCUUGGAGAGGGACGCGCUCCUACCACUCUUCACACCGCCCACCUGAACACCACCACCGUUACCCCCGAGACAAUCUACAAGCUUCAUUCCGAGAAGAUCAUCGAGCAGAGCCCGGCCUACGAGGGUCUUCUGCACCCUACCGAUGGCUUCUUCGCUAAGAACGGACUUCUCCUUCCCCUCGGCUAUGUCAUGUGGGGCUUUGGUUCUAUCCCGAGCUGGCUCUUCAUGCUCUUCAUCAGCUUCUUCAGCAGGACUUUCAUGGAUCGCGCGCCCUCAACGACCGCCUACGUCGUGGCGACAGCCAUCCUCGCCGGUGUGACAGGCUACUUCCUCGGCCAAGGGUCAUCGCUCGGCCUCUUCACCAAUAAAGAGAAAGAAGGCUGGCCGAACAGCUAUAAUGUGAAGGUGCACCGCGACUCAUCGGACGAGGAGUUCGAGGAAGAAGAAGAGGAAGAAGAGGAAGAGGACAGCGAAAAUGAGGGCGACGGCUCCGAGCUGGCGAAUUUCGAUAACAGUGCCGAGGAGGUCAAAUUGGUGUUGGUCGUGCGGACGGAUCUGGGGAUGACCAAGGGCAAAAUCGCCGCCCAAUGCUCCCACGCCACGCUGGCUUGCUACAAAUACCUGACCGCGCACACGCCGAACUCGCCGCUGCUCCGGCGCUGGGAGGCGCAGGGCCAGGCCAAGAUCGCGCUGCAGGUUAAGUCCGAGGAGGAGAUGGAGAUGCUGUAUGCGCAGGCGAUCAGUUUGGGGCUCUGUGCAAGGGUCAUCACGGAUGCUGGGCGGACGCAGAUUGCCAGUGGGAGUCGGACGGUGUUGGGGGUUUUGGGGCCGAGGAGUGUGGUUGAUGGUGUGACGGGGCAUUUGAAGUUGUUGUGAUUGAUUUGGUUUAAUUGCCUUUUGGGGGGUGAUGUGGUUGGUUAUGGGAUGUGGUGAGAUGGUGGUUAUGAGUAAACAUGACAUGGGCAAGUGCAUGCGCAUGUGCAGGCGUGAAUGGUACAUGGCUUUACUAUGGGCAUCAAAACUGGGUGGUGGGAGCGUGGUAGCUUGGUAGCUUGGGCUGGAUAUCAUGCGUCGGAUUUUGUGCGGUUAUAGAAGUGUUCGCAUGUGAAGGCUCGAUGGAUAGGAUCCCCGAGAACCCGGUACAACAUAUAGCUCGUCGCUUGGUGACAUUGCGCCCAUACGCGCGACCAGAUUCGCAAGCAAAAUAUACCUGACAAAACGCAUAGCGCAUUAACCAGGACUUAUAUCCC